GCAAGGGUCAAUAUAUAUGUUCUGGCGCGAAGACUCUCCCCAAAUCGUAAAGAUUGGUGCUAGUCGGCGUGCCGUCGAGGAACUCUUACGAGGCUGGAACCGUUCAUGUGGGAAGGAGUAUGUGUAUGACCAGGAGCUAUAUAAAGGGACAAAAAUGGUAGUGCCGUUCGCGCCUCAAGUGGAACGACUCAUAUUUACGGAGCUCAAGAACUACAGGAUACGUAUAGAAUGUUCCGGCUGUAGUAAAUCACGCCAAGAGGCAGCUGCGAAACCUAUAGGAAAGUACUCACGGAUGAGGAAUACCGCGACUACAGGGAAAGUAUACCACAGAGAGUGGUUUUGUGUCUCUAAGAGACAUGCCCUUAAGGUUUUCCAGAAAUGGAAAGCCUGGAUAAUGCUUGACCCGUAUAUGGAGAAUGUUCAUGGAGAAUGGGUGCUCAAACGGUCUUUUCUUGCCAAUACAAGCGCAAUAUGUCAACCUUUGACAAUGGAAGACUGACGACUCAUCCCGCUGC